AUGGAUCAACUCAGCGCUACCAUCAGCGAGAUGCUGAAGGCAUACCCGGAUCCCAAUGGUGCGCGACCAGUUGCGAACUACCCUGCAACGAUGUAUGGAGUCACAAUCACAUUCCAUGUUCUGAGUUGGGUAGCAGUAGGCUUCCGUCUUCACACACGCUUGAGAGUCGUGCGUGAACCUUGGUGGGAUGACCUCUUCGUCUUCUUGGCGGCGAUAGUCAACUUGGUGUCUGUAAUCGCAUUCCUUGGAGGCAUCAAAUAUGGUCUUGGCCAUCACCUUGUCUACAUCAUCAACACCCUCCCGAUCAUGAUGAAGUACCUCUAUGUCACCAAUGCUGCCUACCACACGACUACCGCCCUCAUCAAAGUGUCACUACUAUUGCAGUACCUCCGCCUCUUUCGACAAGGAACCCUCCGUUGGGUCUGCAUAAUCCUAUUGGCCACCGUAGCGGGCUGGGGUCUUGCCUUCUCCUUCCUCGCUUGGUUCCCUUGCCUACCAGUCUCUGGGUUUUGGCACCGAACUGCCAGCUCCAAGUGCUAUGGCUUUGGCUACCGAACAAUGGACGAAGCAAGGAUGACACUGUUCAUAUUUGCGGGCACAAAUAUGUUCUUCGACGCCGUUAUCUUCAUGAUCCCCCUCACGGAGUACUUCAGGCCAGGACUUAGGAAGAAGCAGGUUUUGGCAAUGACUGGUUUAUUCGCCAUGGGUUCGCUGGUCGUGCUGAUGGCUAUUCUUCGUCUUUGGAGUACGUUCAAGCACAGCUCAGACGCCAUCAAGAGCUUUGACUUCACUUGGUGGUACCCCGAGGUACUUAUCAUCUCAUGUUUGGAAGUCGACUUCGCCAUCAUGUGCGCAUCGAUGCCCAUCUUUUGGCCUACUGUUGUUGCCAACUUCAAUGCCAUCUUCGUCACGAAGGAGGUUCACAUCACACACCAGGACCGAGUACAGGAUUUUGAGAUGGGUCGACCAACCUCCUUGAAGAGCACUGCUAGUCAGGAGGGUUUGACGAAGUUACCGAGCGGCGAGCAAAAGUCGUAUUACUAUAACGACUUCGGCGAAGAUGCAAGUAUAGGGAGAACUCCAGCCUUGACGGUCAACGAGCAAGAAGCUCCGCAAAGACGCAUGCUUUAA